UUAUUAGCGUAGGGUCUGAACGUAUUGGACAGCCCAUUUUCACCUGAUAAGGUCAAUUAUCCCCACAGAUUAUCCUUCACUUCCUAUGUUGUGGUUCAUUUGAGGUUAGGAACACGGUAAAGACAAGGAAAGUUGAUAAAGCUCACAGUUUUGACUGGUUCUGGGUGAGCGAGUUCAUGGCUGGAGGGUACAGAUCCUACCCGCUGUGGUAUAAACCACCUCGCACAACAAAUUACAAGUGUGCAGGUCGAAUACUGGGAGCACAUACUGAUGUAUGGAACUGGACCAACCCUAACACCAUGGUGGCUUACAGCAGGCGGCACUAUGAAACACCAGCAUGACAGACAUAAUGACACUCAACUACCUCUUUUUUCUUGGAAUAGUUAUACCGUGUAUAAUCACUGUCACCCUCUUCAUCGUAUUCAUUUUGUGCUGGAACAAAUACAGACUACGUAAAGAGAUCAUGACCAAAAAAUUUGACCCCCACAAGAAAUUUCGUUCCGGGAAAGAGGCUUAUAAAGUGCCCCGUCCUCCCCUACCCCCAAAAUGGAUCUACAGGACAUCGAAGUCCCAGGAUGGACAGAGUAUUCUACCGCACCAUAAUAAAGCUUUCGACGUAAGUCCUGACACACCAGCUGAGGACACAAGACACAUGUACAACACAUUCCAUGACAGUGGUAUGUCAGAACUCAGUGAGAUCCAGUAUAGGUUUGAGAGGCAGCGCCCUCAUUCUCAGGCUUCGACAGACUCCGAGGACUCAGGCUUCAGAAGUUCGAGAUCGGGACAAUAUUUACACAGUGCCCAAAAUAGUAAUGCACAGGAACUACCCUUGUUCAAACCAUUAGAUAGCUUAUCUCAACCACAGACUGUUAAUAUUCCUCCAAACUGUGAUAAUGUACGAAUAUCUAGUCGACGGUCAAGACGGAAAAGUAGGUCUCCGGCCAAUCAAAGGACUAGACAGGAAUGUCUUGCCAAUCAAAAGUCAAGGCAGGAAUGUGUUGAUGUGAAUGAGAUUCUAAAGGAUGUAAAAUCACAACCGUUAUCGGUGAUAUCUCCACAAAUGGGACAACUAACGGUAACCAUGGCAACAGUGCACCACCCAAACAUUGAGGAACGGGGUGCAGCCAUGGCCUACUCCGUUGUAUAGUAUUAACAGUGAGAUACAACGGAUGUGUGCAAAUAAUGUCUGAGAGGAAUUUUUCAAAGGGUUGUGAUGUUUAACAUGACCAUCACCAGUGAUUUCUGUUUCGUGAUGGAUUUAUUAUAAAGUGUGUUCAAAGUGAUGGUCUGAGAUCAUGACUGUCAACAAUGUAAGACUUGGUGAUACAAUCACCGAUUAUCCUAGCAGUCGAUCCUGUCUAAAAUGGCCCUACCCUGACACAAAAUUGUGGUGAGGACUUGUAGGGGUCAGAUUGGACAGGGUCUGUAAUAUGUAAAUGUGUGUUAGUGUGAUCCUUCGUUAGUAACCAUUGAAACAUUUACAAGUGCUGAAUCUUGACAAAUUCAAAUAUUGUGCUAUGUCAUAGUUCACAAAAUGUCAUCACAAAAUUAUUUUAAUUGUAGGAAAAAGAUUCUUUCCUUUUUGUCCUAUAUCAGGUUGAAUCCAGAAUCUCCCAUAUUAUAGACGUCCCCUUGUUUUAGUAAAAUAUGUCUAUACACAGUGAGUGUAAUGUGUUUGUCAGUAUCUACAAUUUUAAAACAAUACUUUCUACAAAUUCUGAAAUCCUGAGUACACCAGCUUGUAACAUGGUUUAUAGGGUAUCUCUAUACGACAUGCACACUUCUACUUUCCAACUUAAUUUCCACAAAGGAUUUGUGUUGCUGUCAAUUAUGCUCUGUGUACCAAUAUAAUUUGUAGACGUACAAUCUACACAACAUUUUAGAUUUACAACAUGACCUUACAGUCCUCCAUUUUGUGCUGACACUUUAGUCUGGUGAUAUUUAUUACAAGUUUUAUUUCUAUAAAACUGAACCUUGUAUUUUUCUGACAGCUCAUAUUUGGUACACAAGCAGGCUAUCAUUCUUAUUUUCAAUAGAAUAUUUUCAUAUAUAUCUCUUUUCAUAUAUAUCCAUCAUUUCACCCCUAGUGGUGACAGUGGACCUACCCCAGAUCAAAGAAAAAGGAAGUAUUCAAAAUUCUGUGUGGUGAAGGAGGGUAACAUAUGGCAAAUUGUCAAUAUUAACUGGUGGACGAUGAGCAGUAUGACUGUCACCAUCAAUGGUUCAGCUACCUAAACAUUACAAAAAGGCUUUUAUCUGUGACAUUCCAUUUCAAUGUGAAUAUUACGCAAUUUGAUCUGAAAGGCACGUUCAGCAUAGGCUACAAAGCAUGAAUUUGCUGUUUAGAGGAGAAAUUAAAUAAUAAAAUAUGAUGGUGUUUUAAUGUCCCAUCUUGUCACCUUCAAGGGUAUUGCUAGCUAGCACACCUUUUAAUGGAGAAAAGGAUCAUAACAGUUUAACAGAAUAGCAUCCCCUUUUUUUUUUAAUUUAAAAAGUUUUAGAUUUUCAGUCAAUUUUAUCAUAAGUUUAUUUUUGUAUUAAUUGGUUUAACAUUAUAGCAAAAUUUUACUUAUAAAUGAAGAGAUUUCAAUUUACGUCAGUGUCAAAAUUUAUUGACAACAAAUGAAUUCAUUCAAUCAGUUUAUAAAGAAAUUAGAUAUAAUGUAGAUUUUUUUCUUACACAACAGUAUUUUUCUGUAAAUGGUGGUCCCCUGGAUCCUGUAAACAUUCCUGAGAUAUCUGGUAAACUGACAGCUUUAAACGCGAUACUCACAAAACAUUACUACAUGUAUUCAUAUUUUUGCUGUAGAACAUAAGUUCAGUGUUUUUUAUUAUUUAUAUAAAAUCUGUUGUAUGAUCCAGCUUCAAAAUGAAGCCUAAAGAAAAUAAAUACUUUAAAAAAAUC